CCAAUUAAUUAAAUAGCAAUCUAAUUCACCUUCAGCAUAAUUACUUAUUCCCUUUCAGAAAUGGCUAGUUUUACUAAGUUAGCAUGCAUGGUUCUGGCGUGCAUGGUCGUGAUGGUUGCACACAACACUGUCCAAGGCAUCAGGUGUGGCCAGGUUCAGGGUAACCUAGCACCGUGCCUAGGGUUUCUCCAGAACGGUGGAGCUGUUUCCAGAGGAUGCUGCAACGGGGUCAGGAGUAUUGUGAACAAUGCCAGGACCACUGGUGAUCGCCGUGCUGUUUGCAACUGCUUGAAGAUAGCUGCUGGUGCUGUUCGGAAGCUCAACCCUUACAAUGCUCAGGCUCUCCCCGGGAAAUGUGGGGUCAACAUACCCUACAAGAUCAGCACCUCCACCAACUGUAACAGCAUCAAGUGAAGCAUGUGAAUUGGCCGCGAAUAUUGCAUGCUAGGAAACAGAAAUAAAGGAGGAUGUGGUCUUCUGUUUAUGCGAGCUAGUUUUGUUUUGUGUUUUAGCCCACUGUGAAGUUUAUACACUUCCAUGGUCUUAUGUGAUGCUUUUAAAUUAAAUAAGAGAGUUUGUUGUUGAAUUAACUCAUUACUCAGAAAUUCCAGUCCAGUAGGAUGUUUAUCGUGA